AGAUCUUUAAACUGGAGGAUAGGAUUUCCAUCCUCCCCCAGACUGGAAUGUUUUACCAUUGGUCAGUGUGAAGUAACAUUCAAACUGCAGGCAAACUAACCUUAAGCCAUUUCAGAAGUUAGGACUCAAGCUUUGAAGAAUGAAGACUUUUGCAAAUGUUUUCCUGGGACUUUUUAUUCUCAAAGCAUCUAUAGCUGCUCCUCCAACAGAUAGCAUUAACUAUGAUACCGAUACAUAUGAUGUUGAUCUAGAAGAUUUGGAUAAGAUCUACGAUUAUAAUGAAGGACUUUCUGUCGAUCAUGGAGAGAUAGAGAUUGGGACUGUGCUGCCCAUUGUGAACAGACCAAUUCUUUCCCCCGAACCACUUCUAGAAGAAGCAGAAGAAGAAGAAGAAUCAACACCGAAAUUAGUUGAUGGUUCUUCACCACAGGGACCCUUGUCUCCUGGAGUCCAGGGUCCAGAAACCAGUGCAGGCAUUUCAACUUGUAUUCUAUGUACUUGCAUAAUUACAACAGUAUACUGUGAUGACCACAACCUUGAUGCAGUUCCUCCUCUACCUAGAGAAACCACCCACGUCUAUUUACGUUUCAACAAAAUUAGCAAGAUUAACAAGAAUGAUUUUGCAAAUCUGAAUAAAUUACAGAAAAUUGACUUGACAUCCAACUACAUAUCAGAGAUUGAUGAAGAUGCUUUUAGGAAUCUUCCACAACUUAAUGAACUCAUUAUUAGAGAAAACAAAAUAAGACAACUUCCAGAGCUCCCUAACUCUAUGAGUCUUCUUGAUGUUAGUCACAACAGACUUGGCCGAAAAGGAAUAAAAAACGAAGCCUUCAAGGACAUGAAUGAUCUUCGUGUUUUGUAUUUAAGUGAUAAUGAUCUAGACCACAUUCCAAUACCACUCCCUGACACCCUGCAGGCUCUUCACCUCCAAGAUAACAAUAUCCAAGAAAUGCAUGAAGACACUUUCUGCAAAAUGAAGGAUCUGACAUAUUCUCGCAGAGCCCUAGAAGAUAUAAGAUUGGAUGGAAACCCUAUCAACCUCAGUAAAACUCCACAAGCUUAUAUUUGUCUACCUCGUAUACCAAUUGGCAGACUUGUUUAAAUUCAAGGGUAUCGGCUAUAUCAUAAAAAAUCCACUAACACAUUAACUCUUCUAUAUAAUAAUUUACUUUCCAGUAUCAAUCGGUGAGAUCUUACAAUGUAAAAUGAUAAAUGCUGAGAAGAGACUGUAUAUGGAGUUAUUCUGAUUGAGCCAAAAAAGAGUUUUCUUGUUGAAGCAAAAUAAUUAUUAAAAAAUAAUGGAAAUCAAUCAAAAAAUGUUUGGGAAAUAAUAUGAAGAAAAUGUACUUAAAGUACAGAUGUAUUAAUUUGCAUUUUGAUUAAGUCUUUAAUUGCUGCAAAAAGUUGGUAUUUUCUUUACAUUCUAUGCUACCUACUUGUUUUUACUAAUUUGGUUUAUGUCAGAUGAAUAAAUUGAGAAACAUGUUAUGUAUGGUCAAUAAAUGUAUAUAUGGUAA